AUUAGCGUUUGUGACGGAACGUAUACACAUCUACGUGUACCGUUUACAAGUCUCGUGAUUACAAUAUACUUACACUUGGCUAUGCGUUUUUGUUUCGUUGUGUGUACAUAAUAAAGUGCAGCCGUCGUGCCGGCAAGAAUUAUUUUAAGCGAAUUAACUGUAGACAACAUUCAAAUCUACACGACUACACGGACUAGUGUGCGUAUUAAGAUUUACAACAGUAACAAAGUAUACUGCAACAAUAAGUAUUUCGCGAUGCCUUUCGCCGUGUGGCUCUCGUUUCUACUGUUGGUGGCAUUCGCUUGCAGCAGUUUGGCAAAGUCAAUUUAUGAGUUAGACGAUGGAGCUUUAUACCUAACGCCCAUAAUACGGUCGGGCCGGCUCGAAGCAGCGCGGGCCCUGGCCAAAGUGGAGUCUAACGAUUGGACCAUCAAGAGCUAUUCCGGUUACCUGACGGUGGACGACGUGCACGAUUCCAACAUAUUCUUCUGGUUCAUCCCGGCCAUUGAACGGCCGACCGACGAUGCACCCGUUCUGCUGUGGUUACAAGGAGGCCCGGGCUCGACCAGCUUGUACGGCGCGUUCGAAGAGCACGGCCCGUUCUCGAUUACCCGCGACAAGACCGUUAAAAUGCGUGCCGACACGUGGGCGUUCACACAUUCGAUGUUGUACGUGGACAAUCCGGUGGGCGCCGGGUUCAGCUUCACUGGUGACGACGCUGGGUACAGUUUCAAUCAGAUGGCGGUCAGUCGCAACAUGUACGAAGCCUUGGUGCAGUUUUUCACGCUGUUCCCCGAGUACCAGAAAAACGAUUUCUACGUUACCGGCGAGUCGUAUGCCGGUAAGUACGCACCGGCCGUAUCGUACGCAAUCCACUCAAACAACCCUAGUGCGUCAGUCAAGAUUAACCUCAAGGGCCUGGCCAUCGGCAAUGGCCUGGUCGACCCUGUAAACCAGAUGGUGUACAGUGAAUUCUUAUACCAACACGGAUUCGUCGACGGUAACUAUUAUACUAUACCAACAAAAUGUACCUGUAGGCGGGUAGCCAGAAUUUUUCAAAUGAUAGUGGCGUUUUUAUUUUACAUUUUAAAUACAAUGUGUAGGGGGGGCAUAUUAUAAUAUGCGUUCAAAAUAAAUAAUUUGUAUGCACACUGCGUGAGGAACACUUCAGUAUUGGGAAAGGUCCUUUUAGAAAGGAAUUCGUUCCCGUUCCUCGUUUUUACUACAAAAAAGAAACUAGUUCCCGUUCUUCUUUCUCCAUUCAUAAAAGGAACUCGUUCCUUUAAGCGUUUAUUAAUUUUUUUUUUUAUGAAUACUUAUAUUACAGGUUCAUAAAAAAAAAGAUUUCGGAGACGGGUGCAGCUACUAUUGUAGGUGGAAGUUGGGAAAGUAGGAUAAAGAAAAUUGGAAACUAUUCUUACUUCUGAGAAAUUACAUAUUUGAAAUCCUAAUAAAUUAAAUUAAAUUAAUUUCCUAGUUCCUACCAAAAAAAUGAAAAAUGAAAUGACAUAUUAAUUGAAGAAAAAAUGCAUCAUCUAUUUACUCAAAAUUCAAAAUAUGAUAUAUUAUUAAUUAUACUACAAUAAAAAAAAAAAAAUUAUUACACUGACAAUCCAACGGUAAAUUUGGUGUUUGUCAUUAUCAAAUAAGUUAUAUUGUUUGUUACCAUUUUAAACCAUUAUCACCGAAUUACCGUUAUAUCAUGGUUAUAUAUAACUAAAUUAGUAACUGACUAAGUGAUACCAGCACUAAACAAUAUUAUCCCUAAAAUAACGAGCGUUUAAUUUUUUUUUCCUAAUAGAAGAAAUGGAAAUUUGCAUUCACGUUCCACAUAAAUAGGAACUAUUUCCCGUUUCUCGUUCCUAUAUAUGAAAAGGAACGCGUUCCAAGUUUCGUUCAUAUGAAAGGAACGCGUUCCUUCCGAACACUGAAAACACAUCACAGUCAUCGUCACGGUGUUAAUAUAGGUAAUAAAUAAUAACAUCUAAUAUGAAAUAUAACCAUUUCUAACUAUAUAGAUACAAAUUGUAAAAGGACCCGUAGCGUUUUUAGUGUAUUAUUACGGUAUAUGUUCGGCUUGAAUACGGCCGAGAGGAUAUGGGGGUAUUUCAACACCCAAAACACCCCCUCUGGUUACGCGUCUAAAAUAUGCACCUUUUAUUUCCUUAUAUGUAUGUAUAUACUGCGUGCACCUUAUCGCCUUAACCUCAUAUUUAUUUAUUGACCUUUACUGUCGGCAUCGUUUGUAGAAAGCGGAAAAAAACAGUUCGAAAAUAAAGAGUGCUUAGUCCGCGAUCGGAUCAACGCCAAAGACUUCAUCGGAGCGUUACUAGUAUUCUGCGACAUGGUGCUCAACGACAGGGAUUCGCUAUUCCUAAAUCUGACCGGUCUGUCCAGCCAGUACAAUAUGCAGUGGGAAGGAAAAAAGAUGCUGAACGCCGAAUGGAUGGAGUACGUGAAUGCGACGGCAACGCGCCGAGCGCUGCACGUGGGCGUGCGGCCGCUGAACUCGCCCGUGAAGGUUUUCAAUCAUUUGGCGGACGACAUCAUGCGGUCGACGAAACAGUGGCUGUCCGCUCUGGUUGACGACGGCAAGUACCGCGUACUGCUUUACUCGGGACAGCUUGACAUGCUAGUACCGUACCGGGGCACGAUGAACAUGGCCCGGUCACUUCGGUGGACGGGAGCUGAGCAUUUUAGGAACGCAACGCGCACCGUCUGGUGGGUGCCUGUCCAGAACUCAGUUCGGUCUGCGUACAACACCGUCCAAUCGGUUACAUCGGUUGCAGCUGGUUACGCGACUUCGUACGGACCACUCACUGUGCUGAUGGUAAGGAACGCCGGUCAUAUGGUGCCGUUGGACCAACCGUCUCGAGCCCUCAAAAUGAUCAAUCAUUUCACAUCCAACCAAUCGUUUUCGGAUCCAAUUACCGUUUAACUCCCUGCAGUGGCGUUCACACUUUUGACGAUUUUCCUAUUCUAUCCUCUUUUUUUUUUUUUUUAUAAGAAAUAUACAAUUUAUACAAUUAAGCACAAUAAGUAUAUUUUACGAGAAAGCGAAUAAAAAUAUAACAUUAUCGGGGUUGCGUGAAUAAGAAGCCACCCAUUUAAGUAGCACUUAACUUGGAAUUUACGUUUUUAUAGGAUUAAGUUAAAAAAUAUCUAUAUACUAUUUUCUUUUGAAUCUGCGACGGAAAUUUCUAGGAAGUGACGGGAUAUGUAAACCUGUUAUCAGAGGAUUGUUGAGGGUUUUUGAUCUAAUAUAGACACGUUUAUAGAAAACAGCAGCUUCUACUACUAUUGUUUUGAUGCUUAGGUCUUUGUGAAGGGUCAGGUUAGAGACAAAGAGUAGAGUAUUUGUAAUAUUGUUCGAAGUGUUAAAUUCAAAAUGACAAAUAAUAAGUAUUAAUACUGCAAACUAAAAACUGAAAAUAAGGGCAAUCACAAUAUUUAAUCAACGUAUUAUAUUAUACUGUAUAAAAUACACUACCUAUAUGUGAUGUACCUAUAGAUAAUUCAUAAUAUAAUCGCGUAGGAUUUUACGAAUGCGACAUAAUAUUGUACGGAAUGUGAUUUCAUUCAUAUUGUUAUAAUAAUAUGUGUAAUCAACUGUGCAGAUUGUGUCGAUAUCAGCUACAUACUUGAAUAAUAUAAUUUGAUUAUUUAAUAUUGUUAUUGUUAUAAUAAUCGGUCUUGUGCGUUUCGACGUAACAUUUUUAAAAUUUUUUACUAACUAUUUUACUCGUUAUUUCUAUUUUUCUGUUAUUUUAGCCUAAUAAAAUAACAUAUAUUAACAACAUCAUCACACGAACAAUAUACAAAUAUAUAGAAAUAUUUUAUUACUUCAAUUUGAAAUAGUACCUACGCUUCUUCUCCCGUGUUUUAAUUAUUACCGACUUCGAUCACCUCAAAAGAGCUCAACCGUAACUAAUUAAAUUUUUUUUACUCGAGUUAUGGGUCUUUAGCUAGGUUAUUUAAACGGAGAAAAAAAUUGUUAUGACUACCAUAACAGUUAGGUUAAUUGUUAUUAGGUAUUGUCAAUUAUAAUUCAGCUAUUAGAAUAGAAAAAACUCGUAAAACGUGCCAAAGUAAAAGUAAAAAC